AUGGCUGAAAUUCUUCUGACUGCGGGAGAGAUUAGUGACAUUCUUGAGAGUGACGACGAAAUAAAUUCUAUUAAAAGUGAAAUAGCGACGAUCCUGCGACUGCACGAUUAUGACAAUAAACAAGACAUUGUUACUCACCUUCUUAUCAACGGUCGACAAGGUCUACUCGAUUACAAAGACGACAUCAUACCCACAAUAUUCAAUACACAAUUCAAUACCCCCGACGCACAACUCAUUCUAGCUCUCAAAACCUAUGUGCGUCGACUGUGGCAAACUCAGUACGAGUCAUCCUGCCACUGGCUCAUCGCAUUCAUCCAAAACUACCACGACAACAAAGAUCCUCAACUCUACGAUCGCAUUCUCACUCGAACAGCUGAAUAUGGCAAUAGAUUCCUGAAGGACUGUCCAAUGUUAUCAAUCGUGCUGCAGUUUGUCUUGGAAUCGAUCGAUGAUGAAUGUUUGCUGAACACGAACACGUUCGAUGAAGUGUGGUGUACGAUGACGAGCGAAGGAUUGACAUCACUGGCGAAAUACUCGAAGUAUAUGAAGGAGGAAGUGAUGAGUGAAGAGUUGGACAAGCGUGGAUCGACAUUGUUUCGUGCAUUGCGUGAGUACUAUCGUCCACGGUUAGAUUCACUGUUAAGAGAUCAUGGAAUGAAUGGUGAAGAAGUAGAUGAGAAUGUGGCAUUGGACUUUCUUAGUGAAGAUGGUGUGGAGAAAGGAAUGGAGAAUAUUCGACAGUCGAUGGUAAAAUCAUCAUCAGAUGUUGUCGCAGAAAAAGGAGAUGUUGUACUAGUAAACACAGAUUCGCCACUAGACAAAAUUGAAAUUGACCAAAUGAUUAAAGUCAGUUUCAUGCAAACCGGUGAAAUUAUUAAUAUUCCUAUUUCCUUGGUGGACACUGUAGAAGAUGUCAUCAAAUAUAUCUGUGAAAAAAGCGCAUGCGGCGGUGUAAAUGAUUACAAUGAUUAUCAUCUUACUGUCGUCUUGGUUAAUGGUGAAACAAAUCUAGAUAAUGAUAAGAAAUUAACAGAGAUCGGUGUUUUUACAGAUGAAAAUCUUGGAUUUAAAUUAUAUUCAAACACUCCAACCAAAGAACAGCUAAUUACUAUUGCAAUGGUAGAAGCAAGUGGAAGUGCUAAUGAUACUUCCGAUAUUCCAACACGUCUUCAAAACGAACUGACACCCAACGAUAAUAAAGCAAAAGCUUUCAAUACAUCAGAAGUCAGCUCAACAUCUAAAAGCUUGAAAACAUUCAGCUCUGUUCCAUUAGAAAAAGAGCAAUUAGCUAACAUAUAUCAUCAAAUACAAAACAGAUUUCGCGAAGUUACCGCACAGAUGACUCGUGAUCCAAUGUUACGUCACAAUAUCACAGAAACGUUGAACGAAAUAAAUCUUCUCGUCUGCGGCGCACCCCGAGUCGGAAAAAGUGCUCUCAUCAAUGCCAUAUGCCAACAAGAAGGAGCUAAAACACAUCCUGGAUUGCACUCCUGCACAAACAUGAUUUCGCCUUAUUUUUUGAAAGGCAGUUGCGAAAUCGGCGGCGAUAAAGUUAAUUACCAGUAUAACAUUUGGGACACGCGCGGAUUCGAAAAAUGGGAUGAGAAGACUCUCGUCGCUAAUUUAGAUCACAUUCAAGAAAAACCGAAAUCUGACACACUAUGUAUGAUCUACUGUGCAUCACCCGGUUCCUUUGCCAAUCUUCAACAACUCAAAUGUUUAUUAGAUGAAUGCAACAAACGGCACAUUUUCUGCGCACUUGUAUGUACAAAUAAAUGGAAUGGACGGAAAACACAACGGGAUGCCGUCAUGGAAGAUUUCACACGGAUCCUGACGGGCUUUCACGAGAAAACUCGAGAAGAGGAUGGCGUGAUUUAUUUCGGAAAUGUAGGUUUGUGUACAAGUGUCAACAGCGUGGCUUUUAUCCAUGAAGAUACGGGUAAAGAAUAUGAACAAUCGGGUAUUAAUGAACUUAUACUUGGAAUAAUGGAAUCAAUUGACAAAGACAAAGCCGCUAAAUGGUGCGCGAUUGUAUUACAAAAUAAACCAUUUUGGACAAAAAUCAUGGAUUGUUCCAAGCGAUUGAAAAGAUUCCUUACAUUCCCAUUCGGGUGA